CCCGGUUGCUGCCGGCCUCUGCCUCCCGGAGGCGGGUGGGGACAGGCUCGGCCCCAGCCCGGCUGCGCCACAGGGUGGCGAAGGAGGAGGAGGAGGAGGAGGGACUCCGGCGCGGCACCGACUGACGUGUCCCCGUUAUGGAGCCCGCCGUGAUUCAUCAGCGGCGGCGGGGCGGCAGCGGGGAGCCGCGCACCGGCCCCGCGUAGGCACGGCUGCGGCGGGGGCAGCCCUAGCGCCGCACUGCCUUCAUCCUCCUCCCCCUCCUCCUUCUCCUCCUCCUCCUUCUCCUCCUCCUCACCGCCCGCUCCCGUGCCCCCGCGGCUAGGCGAGGAGCCCGGGGGAGGCAAGAUGGAAGAAAUCCUGCGAAAGCUGCAGAAGGAGGCGUCGGGGAGCAAGCACCGGGCCAUCAAGGAGAGCUGCACCUGGGCCAUCGAAACCUUGGAUUCUGCUGAUGCUGCUGUCAAGAUACCUCCAUAUCAGCUAAGGGAGAAGUGUCUCCUUCCUCUCCAACUGGCUCUGGAAUCGAAGAGUGUGAAGCUGGCCCAGCAGGCUCUAGCAGGGAUGCAGAAGCUGCUGUCUGAUGAGAGGUUUGUAUCUGUGGAAACAGACUCAGAUGAGAAACAGUUGCUUAAUCAGAUGCUGAAUGCCGUCAAAGUGACUCCUUCGCUUAACGAAGACCUACAGGUUGAAGUGAUGAAGGUCCUGCUCUGUAUAACAUAUACCUCCACAUUUGAGCUGAAUGGGAGCUCAGUGUUGAAGAUUGCUGAGUUGUGCUUUGCAUGCCAUAGAGCUGGAAGUCCCCGAAUGCAUGAAAUGAUCAAAAUGUCCAUUGCAUACCUCCUUGGGGCCCUGAGCUCUCGAAUUUUUACUGGUGCUUCUUCAUCAAUGGCUUUUCAAAAGGUUUGCAUUGAGACAUAUGUAUCUAGCUGUCACCAGCGGAGCAUAAACACCGCUGUGCGGGCAACCCUCAGCCAAAUGUUGAGUGACUUGACUUUACAGUUACGACAAAAGCAAGAAAAUAUGACAAUUGAAAACAAUGAUGUCCUGCAGAAAUUCAAGAGUCAAGGUACUUCAGCUGAGUCUCUUUGUGAUGAUGUUGUAUCUGUCCUCACUGUGCUCUGUGAGAAGCUCCAGGCUGUCGUAAAUGACAAUCGACAACUUCAGCUUCUUUAUUUGGAGUGCAUCCUCUCCAUGUUAAAUAGCUCUUCUCCAAGCAUGCACCAGCACAAAGGAUUCACUGAUCUCAUAUGGAAGCAGCUGUGUCCAGCCUUAGUAGUAAUCCUGGGAAACCUGAUCCACGACAAAACCAUCACCUCUGCCCACAGCAGCAUCUGUCUUGAGGCAGAUUCGCCUUCCUCAGGGGUCUCUGAUCACGGCCGGGGUUCAGGUUGUUCAUCCACAGCACCUGCCCUUAGCGGGCCUGUUGCACGGACCAUCUACUAUAUUGCAGCCGAACUGGUUCGGCUGGUGGGGUCGGUGGAAUCCAUGAAGCCCGUGCUGCAGUCUCUGUAUCACCGCAUACUGCUUUACCCACCACCUCAGCACCGAGUAGAAGCCAUCAAAAUCAUGAAAGAGAUACUUGGCAGUCCUCGGAGGCUUUGUGAUUUGGCAGGGCCCUGCUCUUCUGAGUCAGAAUCCAGGAAGAGGUCUAUUUCUAAAAGGAAGUCCCAUCUGGAUCUUCUCAAGCUUAUCAUGGAUGGGAUGACGGAAGCAUGCAUCAAGGGUGGUAUUGAAGCAUGUUAUGCUUCAGUGUCGUGCGUAUUUGCCCUGCUCGGAGCGUUGGAUGAGCUAAGCCAAGGCAGGGGUCUUAGUGAGGAGCAGGUCCAUCUGCUCCUACGGCGCCAAGAAGAACUGAAGGAUGGGACCGAGACGAGCAGGGACUCCAUGGAGAUCAACGAUGCUGACUUUCGGUGGCAGAGGCGCAUCCUGUCCUCAGAAAAUCCUGCCUGGGAAUCAGGAAAUGAGAAGAGUCCUGAUAUUAGCAUUAGUGUUACCACAGACACUGGUCAGACCACUUUGGAAGGGGAUAUGGGACAGACAACUCCAGAGGAUAAUCCAGAAAGUCAAAAAAACUCUCUGUCAUCUCCAGCUGGACAUGAAAGCAAAGAGAUUCAUUAUAGAGAACCAGAGUCAGAAACCAUUGACCAGCCAGAUGUUGUUCAGAGAAGCCACACCAUAGUCUACCCAGAUAUAACUAACUUCUUAUCAGUGGACUGCAAGACCCGGUCGUAUGGGUCCAGGUACAGUGAAAGUAACUUCAGUGUUGAUGACCAAGAUCUUUCUAGGACUGAGUUUGAUUCAUGUGAUCAGUAUUCCAUGGCAGCAGAGAAGGACUCUGGCCGGUCAGAUGUUUCAGACAUAGGCUCUGACAAUUGCUCCCUGGCCGAUGAGGAGCAGACACCACGGGACUGUCCAGGUCACAAGUCCUUACGUAGUGCUGCUCUCUCUCUGAAAUUGCUGAAAAACCAGGAAGCAGACCAGCACAGUGCACGGCUGUUCAUCCAGUCACUUGAAGCUCUUCUUCCUCGGCUUAUAGCUCUCCCCAGCAUAGAGGAGGUAGACGGAGCACUGCAGAGCUUCUCUUCAACUUUCUGCUCAGGUAUGAUGCACUCACCAGGAUUUGAGGGAAACCCAAAUUUCAGCUUCCAGACUCUGAUGAAUGCAGACAGCCUCUACAUGGUCUCACAUUACACUCUGCUGCUUAACCUAAAAUUGGCCAACUCGGAUUACUACAGGAAGAAGCCUGCCCAAGCCCCCGUGUUGCUGAAAGAGUUCAUGAAGCAGGUCCAGUCCAGUGGAGUGUUGAUGGUGUUUUCCCAGGCCUGGGUUGAAGAGCUGUACCACCAGGUACUAGAAAGGAACAUGCUGGGGGAAGCUGGAUACUGGGGAAGCCCCGAAGAGCACAGCCUUCCACUUAUCACCAUGCUGACUGACAUCGAUGGCUUGGGAAGCAGUGCAAUUGGUGGCCAAUUGAUGGCAUCUGCUUCAGCUCAAUCUCCUCUUUCCCAAAAUCGGAAGACGGAUGAUUCUGUUGUUGCAGGAGUUGCUUUUGCCCGAUACCUCUUAAUCGGCUGUUGGAAGAACAUGAUUGACACCUUGUCCACACCGCUAACUGGUCGCAUGGCAGGCAGCUCCAAGGGGCUGGCAUUCAUCUUGGGAGCAGAAGGAGCCAAGGAGCAGAACCAAAAGGAGAAGGACUCCAUCUGUGUGAGCCUGGAUGGACUGAGGAGGGCAGCCCGGCUGAGCUGUGCUCUAGGUGUUGCUGCUAACUGUGCAUCUGCUCUUGCCCAAAUGGCUGCUGCCUCCUGUGUUCAAGAAGAGAAAGAGGAAAAAGAAAUCCAAGAGCCCAGUGAUGCUAUAGCUCAAGUGAAACAGAAAGUGGAGCAGAAACUGGAGCAGAUGGGGAAAGUGCAGGGAGUCUGCCUACACACUGCUCAUGUUUUGUGUAUGGAUGCAGUCCUUAACGUGGGCCUGGAAAUGGGAAGCCAUAAUCAGGACUGCUGGCCUCAUGUGUUCAGGGUGUGUGAGUACAUCAGCACGCUGGAGCACACCCACUUCAGCGAUGGUGCUUCGCAGCCCUCCCUUACCAUCACCCAGUCACAGCAGGCACCUGGAGGCCUGCAACCAGACUCGGAGCUGGGGGAGUCUCCCCAGGAACUGACGCCUGAGCAAGAGACCACCCUCAGUAGCAAUCCUGUUAUUCAGCCGGUUUCCAUCCAGGAGCUCAUCAAGGAGAGCAGUAAGGGCAGAGCUUUCGACUUCCGUGGAGGCAGCCUGCUGUGUGGGACCAGUGCUGCCAAGGCUGUUCUCACACUCUCCACGCAAGCUGAUAGGCUCUUUGAAGAUGCUGUUGACAAGUUAAACUUGAUGGCACUGGCAGGCUUUCUUUACCAGCUCAAGAAGGCUUCUCAGGCCCAGCUUUUCCAUUCAGUCACAGAUACAGUUGAUUACUCCCUAGCAAUGCCAGGUGAAGUAAAAUCUACCCAGGACAGGAGAAGCGCACUUCACUUGUUCCGUCUUGGUGAUGCCAUGCUCAGAAUCGUAAGGAGUAAAUCCCGCCCGUUGCUCCACCUCAUGCGUUGCUGGAGCCUGGUGGCACCUCACCUGGUGGAGGCUGCCUGUCAUAAGGAGAGACACGUGUCUCGGAAGGCUGUCUCCUUCAUCCACGACAUCCUCACUGAAGUGCUGACAGACUGGAGUGAACCUUCUCAUUUUCACUUUAACGAGUCGCUUUUCCGCCCCUUUGAGCGUAUCAUGCAGCUAGAGCUGUGUGAUGAGGAUGUUCAGGACCAGGUGGUCACCUCUAUAGGCGAGUUGGUGGAAAUGUGUUCUACCCAGAUCCAGUCAGGAUGGAGACCCCUGUUCAGUGCCCUGGAAACAGUUCACAGCGGCAAUAAGUCAGAGGUUAAAGAGUACCUUGUAGGAGAAUACUCUAUGGGGAAACGCCAGGCCCCAGUGUUUGAUGUCUUUGAAGCAUUUCUAAACACAGACAGCAUCCAGGUCUUUGCUAAUGCCGCCACCAGUUAUAUUAUGUGCCUUAUGAAGUUUGUGAAAGGACUGGGGGAAGUAGAUUGUAAGGAGAUGGGUGACUGUGUGCCAGGAUCAGCAUCUACAGACUUGUGCCUUCCCGCGCUUGAUUACCUCAGGAGAUGUUCUCAGUUGUUAGCCAAAAUCUAUAAAAUGCCCCUGAAACCUAUCUUCCUCAGUGGCCGGCUUGUUAAUUUGCCCCGACGAGUGCAGGAACAAUCAGCCAGCAGUGAGGAUGGUAUUGAGUGCAUCCUUUCUGACUUUGAUGACGACACUGGUCUUAUCAAUGUCUGGAUUAUUCUACUGGAAGAAUUAACAACUGCCAUAUCCAACUGUCCCCGCCAGCACCAACCUCCGACUCUGGAUCUGCUCUUCGAAUUGCUGAGGGACAUUGCCAAGACACCUGGCCCAGGAUUUGGCAUUUAUGCAGUUGUACAUCUUCUUCUUCCCACGAUGUCCCUUUGGCUCCAUCGCAGCCAUGGUGACCAUUCUUACUGGGAUGUGGCAUCUGCUAAUUUCAAGCAUGCCAUUGGCCUUUCCUGUGAACUCGUAGUGGAGCACAUUCAAAAUUUCAUACACUCAGAUAUCGGUUAUGAAAAUAUGAUCAAUACUAUGCUAAAAGAUCUUUUCAAGUUGCUGGUAGCCUGUGUAGCAGAGCCAACAGAAAUCAUUUCCAGAGUUGGCUGCUCAUGUAUCAGGUAUGUAUUAGUGACAGCAGGACCUGUUUUUACUGAGGAGAUGUGGAGACUUGCAUGUUGUGCCUUGCAGGAUGCAUUCUCUGCCACUCUGGAGCCAGUAAAGAACCUAUUGGGCUAUUUCCACAGUGGUUCUGAAAGCUUUAGUGGAGAUGCCUGUGAAGUGAAGGUGGCAGCCCCUUCCCUCUCACCGAGUGCUGAAGCUGAAUACUGGAGAAUCAGAGCCAUGGCACAACAGGUCUUCAUGUUGGAGACUCAGUGCUCCCCAAAGACCCCCAGCAACAAGGAAGGGUUUGAACAUGCCCAGUCGUGUGUGCUCAUCAUUGAUCUGCCACCAGAUAAAAAACCAAAUGGGCAUACCCAAAGAAGGAAGCUGGGUAUUCCUUUCAGGACGAUAGUGGUGAGCUUGCUGUCCCACCAAGUACUGCUCCAGAAUUUAUAUGACAUCUUACUGGAAGAAUUUGUCAAAGGUCCUUCUAACUUGGAGGAGAAAAUGACAAUACAAGUACCAGAAAACAAGUUGGCUGGUUUUCUCAGGUACAUCUCCAUGCAAAACUUGGCUGUCAUCUUUGACUUAUUGCUGGACUCCUACAGAACAGCCAGAGAGUUUGACACCAGACCUGGGUUGAAGUGCUUGCUGAAAAAAGUGUCUGGCAUUAGUGGAGCUGCCAACUUGUAUCGCCAGUCAGCCAUGAGCUUCAACAUCUACUUCCAUGCUUUAAUUUGUGCUAUCCUGACAAACCAGGAGAACAUCACCGCAGAGCAAGUUAAGAAGAUCCUCUUUGAAGAUGAUGAGAGAAGCACAGACUCAUCGCAGCAGUGCUCUUCAGAAGAUGAAGACAUUUUUGAAGAAACUGCCCAGGUCAGCCCCCCCCGGGGGAAGGAGAAGAGGCAGUGGAGGGCUCGGAUACCGUCUCUGAGCGUCCAGCCCAUCAGCAACGCAGACUGGGGGUGGCUGAUCAAGCGGCUUCAUAAGCUCUGCAUGGAGCUGUGCAACAACUACAUCCAGAUGCAUCUAGACCUGGAAAACAAUGUAGAGGAGCCUCCAGUGUUCAAAGGCGACCCUUUCUUUAUUUUACCGUCCUUUCACUCAGAAACCUCCACCCCAUCAACCGGAGGGCAGUCUGGGAAGGACACGCCAUCAGAAGAUGACCGGAGUCAAAUAAGGGACCAGCUGGGAGACAGCCUGACACCCCGAAGUGGAGAAAUGCUGCUGCUGCCCCCGCCCCUGAGUCCUAAACCAGAGAAAAAAGAGCAAGCAAGGAAAAAAGAGUGGUGGGAGAGCGCGGGCAACAAGAUUUACACCAUAGCAGCUGACAAAACCAUCUCCAAGUUCAUGACAGAAUACAAGAAAAGAAAGCAGCAACAGGCCAUGACAUCCUUCACCAAAGAGGUCAAAGUGGAAAAGAAAGGGGAGCUCCUGGGCUCCAGAGGGCAGGACUCACCCAUACUCCAGCGGCCACAACAUCUUAUAGACCAAGGUCAAAUGAGGCAUUCAUUCAGUGCUGGCCCAGAGGUCCUGAGACAAGAGAAGAGACCACGCUCAGGAUCCACAGUCAGCUCCCUGAAUAUAUCUGUUAGGGAUGCCGAGGCCCAGAUUCAGGCAUGGACCAACAUGGUGCUGACCGUUCUCAACCAGAUUCAGGCCCUGCCAGACCAAACGUUCACGGCCCUCCAGCCAGCAGUGUUCCCCUGCAUCAGCCAGCUGACUUGCCACGUGACAGACAUCCGCGUCCGCCAGGCAGUACGGGAAUGGCUGGGACGAGUGGGCCGCGUCUACGACAUCAUCGUUUAAACCUGCUUGGCUCUGUUGCGAAGGGGAGAAGACAUCCAAGGUAUACAGCAAAGAAGUAUUAGGGGUUCAUUAAUUGCCUAUUUGUUGGUGAUAAAUUAAGAAACAAUGAGCUUGUCGAUGUAUAUCCUCUAUCCACUUGAGACUGCGUGUCCCUCACUCACUAGCAAAGGAGGCGAAGCAUGAAUGUGUCCAGGGGGCUCGGGAAUGGCCCCAGAGCCCAGAAGCUGCCAGUAAAUCAGGCUGGUACCUAAAGGCAUAACACAUUUCAGUAGCCUUUGUUUUCAUUCAAAUUUGCAACAGUGGGAGCCACAUCAAACUCAGGUGAACUUCCACACUUGCAAUUAGCUGUGAAUGGAACUGUCAUCUGGGUGUCAAACCAGGCAAGUAAGCCUACCUAACUAAAACUAAAUAAAUAAAAGGCAGGAAAAAGGUGAGGGCUACAGGACAAGUAAAACAGUGGCACUUGUUUGGAGUAACCUUCUGAAAUUAGCAAGAGAGAAGAAAGCCAAAUAAAGAUUAUUGUAAUAACUAUAUGCCUUGAUCACUAGAGAAAGCUGAAGCUAAUUUUGCUCUGAGAAGAGCCUUUGCAGUCUGGUCACAUUCAGGGUAGCUAGUGAGUGACAACUAACGUAUCCCAGGUCUAAGGACAGUGAACCAAGCACAGGCUAUUCAUCCUUUCAUUAGCCGUGUGGAGUGUUGCUCAAAAAAAUUGCACAGUCGGGCUGCCCUCUAACACCACCACCCUGGCUACUGCAGCUGAUCAUUUUUUGACAUGCAAGUAGUUCCCCCCAAGGGCAACAGGGAAAUUUGCUGUUUCCUGUGAUGCUACAGGGGAAGACACCACGAGCAAAGCUACAGCCAGGCUCUGUGACAGUCCCCAGCACUCAACAGAAUAAAGCAUUCCAGUUCAAGCAACACUGCAGCUGAGCUGGCUUAUGCUUCUGCUGGAGCUCCGUAGAGCUCUUUGUAGAGCUGCUGUAUAGCCAGGAGGACCCUUACCGCCUCCAUUAAACUUAGCCUAUCACUCCACAUUGAGCUUAAUCAAGAUGGAAAAUAGUCUGAAAAGAAGGUAACUAACUUCCCUGUUUUUCUCCCUUUUCUCAUCUGUUGCUGUAAACAGAAGGGGACAGAGCCUCAUGUAGGUACAUUCCCCCCCCAUCUGUGCAGCACUUCUAUGAGGACCACUACGGUUUGCCAACAUGGUUAUCAGGGGGAGAAAGGGAAGGAUUGACUUGUACUGUCAGAUACAUACAUGAUGCUCUUCACGCUAGACACAGUGAAGGGUUACUUUGCCGCCCAAAUUACGUCACAGCCCCUGAGACAUUCCAUCUCGUACUCCCAUACAAGUUUAAUGUGAUUAAACGUUUAAAUAGUUUUUUGAAACUAAGUUGAAUUUAAUCUUGGGUGACCCCCUUAAUGUUGUUAUCCCAAGGCUUUUUAAAACGUGCACACCAACUAAAUAUACAGCUUCAGUCCUUGCUACAAAGCAUCCUCAAAAAUGUCAUUUCUAUCAGGCCUGGACUUUGCACAUCUGUUUUUAGCAUUUUGAACCAGAAAAAAAAAAAAAAAAAAGAGGGUUGGUCCAAGAGGAUCUACUGAACAGCCAUCACCCAAGCUGACAUGUUACUAAGAGUCUGCCACCACCAUCCUGCCUUUGCCCUCUGUCACCCACGCCCCGUCCGUCACCUGCUAGACUCCUGCAGGGGAUGCUUCAUCCUAUAGCUUUCUGCAGCGUCAGUCACACUGUUUCCCUUUCUUUCAGAAUUUCCUUUUGUUAAAUUGUUUCAAGAACAUAAAAAAAAUCCUUAAAAACAACUCUCUCACCACCUACAUUGUUAAUUGAUAAAGGUAUUAAAUUACUUAUUUAUAAAGUCAGUUUUCCCAACAGAUCGAGUCCUUCGUUGGGGACAGGUGAGAUUAGCCCUUGGUAUAUAGGAGUGGUGGCAAUGUUUGGUUUCUGUUGCCAUGUCUUUCUUACGCAUCUUUUGGUAAAGUAAAAGGAUGGUUAUAUUUUUGUUAAUCUUUUAAUAGGGCAUCUAUACAGAACUGCUUUUAAAGCAGUACAUUAAUUAGACAGCAACCAAAAUCAGAAUAAACUUUAUGCAAGACACCUAACUGCUAUUUUCCAUUAUAUGUGCAUUUAAGGGGUUCAGCUCUUCGCUGUGCUCAUCUAAAACAAGCAAAUCCCUGAACCACAUUAGAGAAGUAAAAUUGGUGGCAGUACCAACAGAAUCACUCAGGAUUCCAGCAGCAGUCCCAGAACCUCGGAAGCACUGUGGUUAUGUUAUCUGUAAAUCAGAAAGAAAAGCUCUAGGAAUGAAAAUACCUGCCCCACCCAGGCCUACAACCACAGCAUAGCCUGGUGUUACACGAUUAGCCAGCUGCUUGACCCAAAAUACUGCUGUUGCGCUAUUUCAAACUUCUCCUUCCACGUUCUGCACUAAGUGCCCAUUGUCACCCUCAGUGCCUCUGUUCAUUCACACCCCUCCCUUAGGCAGCCCUAAGAGGACGUCACUGAGUGAUUCCAGAAAUGGGAUGAGGAUGAACAAACCUUUGUAGUAGCAGGCUUUAAACGAGCAAAGUUUAGCAGGCGCCACUCCUCCUUUUCUUUCUUUGUGAAAUGGUAAGCAGGUGAGCACAACAGCUCAUUGCCACUUUAGGAACCAUGAAGCUUAUGCGUAGAAAAAAAGAGCAUGGCAUUGGUUUAUGAGAUUUUUUUUUUUUGCUAGUUUAGCCACAGAAAUCAGCAAGCCCCAAAGAAAUAAAAUGUUAAGUGCGUGAAGUCACCAUUUCACAGGCCUGCGCACUCUAUUUCAUGCAUACUUUGGGCUGCUUGUGAGCUUUUAGCCCAAAGAAGGCGCCCGUGCAGCACGGGCCCAGGAGAAGGGUACUGGCAGCAAACCCUCGUGAGCUUCAGAAGGGGACUCCCUAAUUCUGACCACACCACUUCUCUGCUUUCCACUGCUGACUGGAGAAGCACCUCAGGCGGUUGCAUAAAGUAGCCCUUGUCUCCACACGUAAGUCUUUCUUUCUCACAUAACUCAUUCAAAUUCUUACCAAAUUUCUUCAUCUCAAAUUCAUAGCACCUAAUGCACAGGGUAACAGCAGCGUAUUACCAGCUUCAGAGUUGAAUCGGAACAUUCACUUGCGCCUCGGGGAAAACAAAAACAACAAACCAACCCGCAGUCUGUACAUUCUCUGUUCUGGUUAAUGACCACAUUUUUCUCUCGCACCUUCUUUUUUGACACAGACUUCUGUAGGAGCUGUUUUUUGAUUUUCAUCUAACCAACUGGCAAGUUAGCUAUUUUUAAAACUCUUUAGCCAGUUAUUUUUGUUUAGGUGACCUGCUUUCAAAAGUUACAUGGUGGUUUGCAACCGUGCUCGGGUACCAGAGCCACACGCUGGCUCCGCUGCCUUGGUUCAAUUCACGUCACCCCCCCACAAGAAGGGAGAGGCAGCUCCAUCUUCUAAAAGAUGUUUCAGGCAGCCACCAAUAGAGAAAGUUGCUAUUAGCCAGAAACAAACACCUCUGCUCACAAGGAAUAACUUCACCGUGCAAAUAUUUAAAGCUGGAAGAAGUGGCACACCCAUCAGGUGUUAUUGUAUGGUACAGGAUCAGGGUCUGACCCCGGCUGCAGACCAUGUGCAUACGGUCACGUUACUCUGCAGUGCCAUUACAUGCAGAUACACAACAGGAGAGGAGUGUUUAUGCCUGUAGCUCCAGGCACUGUGAGCACUCUGCAUGUCAGCAGAGGGAUAGCUGCAUUACCAGGAUGUUUAUUGUGCACUCUGUUAAUGUUUGCACCAGGUCAGCCGUGACAUCUGACAUCAGCAGUUAACGCAGUCCUUCUGGUAACUUCCCCUACACUUUCCUGAGCACUCAGCAGCCACAGAAUUGGCAACACCAUCUCCUGGUUAAUGUGUUUUCAUGUCUUAGGAUGUUAAGAUACAGAUUUAAUCCUCUGCUAGGAAUGGACACUUUAGAAUAAUUUACUUAAUUCAACAUCUAAAAAGAAUUACUAGGGAAAGAUUUACGUAGACCUGGGAAAAAAUUUCCUUGUAAAACUCCAAAUGCUGGCAACACAGCUUUUGUCUCAUCACAGCUAAAUACACGUCCUCUGGAGUAUAGCUGGCUCCUGGCAAGGCCAAGCAGAGUUUACACCCGUAACUUGAUCUGGUAAGGUACUUUGCCUUUAAUUUGAGCUUCAAGUUCUCUUCAAUUUUACAGUAAAAUUCACUGACAAGUCUUCAUCUGCCACAGAGGUAACUGCCACCUAUUAAUAAUCUUGUGUUACCCUACGUAAUCUCCAUUUGCUCUUGCUAUAGUAGUGUCUCAGCACUGGUAUCUCCACUGUGGAGCUCAGAGCAGGACCAGUAUGAAACUUGAGUGGCCAACAAGCUAACAAGUAGAGAGGGCCAGCUCUGCGUGCUGCCCGCACUUGUUAUCUCUUGCUGCAACUUAGGCCCAUGCUCAAAACGCCUAAGCUGUUGAAAUCAGUGGAAAUAUUUAAUACUCUGGACUCAGUCCUUGAAUCCUUCAAUCCCUGCAUACAAGUUCACAAGUUCUCAGGAAAGGGGAAGUCUUAUAAGGUUUUGAUGUCACUUUCUCUGCUGUGGUCCUCUACACCCUUCCGCUUGAAAAUCCACAAGAGCCAGCACAUUGUACUCCUCUGCAUCCCAGUGCCCCCAGAUAGAACUUUCACAUUUGCACAGAUCCAGUUUUAAUGUGUAAGAAGCUGACCAUAGCGAGCCAAAGUAAUUUAUUUCUGCCUAGCUCUUGUGUACGAGCUUAUUCGGAAACUCAGCAUGCAGCGUAGUUGUUUUCACCUUUAGCAAACCAUUCUAGAAAUGCUGUUACUCAGUGAUAAGCUGUUUCUAAUUUAACAAGAAAAAAGAACCUCCUUUCUUCCCUUCUCUUUAUUUUUGUGGGGGUAUGAUAAGAUUAUGCUUAUGCAGGCUGUUUAAUCAUUCUUGUUAUAACAAUUUCUGCGAAGAUCUGUGUAUAGUGCUAAUCAUGGCACAUGAAAUGAGAUAGCAAUUUUUUUUCUUCCAAUUUUUGAUCAUUCCACAAUUCUUUGAAAAAAAAUUAGAUUAUACCAUCAAUUAUAUAUACCUUAUCUUCUUGUUUAAUAUAAAAGGACCAAGUUACCAUAGCUCAGAAGCACAAAUAUUGGAUUUUAUGCAAUGUAGAUAACAUCUGGCAGCUAUUGACCCCUCAUCUCUGAACCUCCCUAUUUUGAGUAGAGCUUGUGUAGGGAUACAACCUAAUGGUCCAUCAGCAGCCCUCACCAGCAACACACCCGGCUCUCCAGGAAGUUGUACGGCUGCAAGGAAGAAGCGUUACCUCCUCUGUGUUGUUUCCACUAAUUCCCCUCAACAUACACUUUAUAUGUAUUAUUGACUGUAUGAUUUCAUUUCAUACUAAACAAACCGCUUUGGACAAACACAGCAGGCUGGCUAUUUAAAAGGACAAUUAAAAAAAGCACCUGGCAUGAGCAUGCAUCAUUCUUUUCAGUUAACACUCAGAGGUCCAAGAACUAAAAGCAGAGGGAAGAGGAAAUGCCCCAAUUCUGACUGUGGAUAUCAGUGGAGCUACACUGUAUGAUCCUGGAUUAAUGCAAUAAUGAGCUUGCCUGUGGGACCAGAUCUCUCAAAUCCUCUUUAUUUUUGGCAAAUUUCACAAGCUGAGGUUUGCAGGGUCUCCCCUGCCACACUGUUUCAGGGAACUGGGUUUAUGGAGGACGUUUUUUGUUAAGAAACAUGGCAAGAAGAUCUAUUUCAAUUCCUUUACCCCAACAUUGCACUUUAAAAAGUAGUUACGUGUUUCCACAAAUUUCAUCCCAAUACCAUGGAGCACUAGGGCCCUAUUUCCUAUUCAUACAUUGAUUUGUCUAGGCUGCAGUGAAAUGCUGGGCUUGUCCACGAAGCAAGUUGAAAUGAGAGAGAGCAGUGCUAGCAGAGAAGCCCAGGUACACAGGUUCAGCAAGGGACAAAUAUUGCCUCCGUAACUGGGCUGUGGCUCCUGAGACCCCAGCUCUGCGGAGGAAAGCACCAAAGGGAGAUACCAAAGGGGAAAGGCAGAGCCCUGUGGUACCUGAGCCCCGGACUGCACAGUUUGCUGGAGCAGGUGGGAGCUAGAGAUUUGAAAAGUAUGCAAUGACAGCAGCGAGCACCUUCUUUCAGUUCCCCCCCUCUCCACCUCCUUUUUUAUCACUAGUGAUGAUACUGCAGAUGCACUUCCAUGGGCCCUUUGACCAGAACUGAGAACAAAAGCCAAAGGGAGUGGACACUCCAUUUUGCCAAAGAUCUAAUCCUUCCUAUUCC